AUGAAGCGGCUGCUUCUGCUAUGCGGCGCCCUUUGUGCCUCCGCUACCAAGAGGACGGAUGAGCCUCUCAUUCCCAGACAGGUCGAUGGCGCUGUGUCGGGGCGUGUCUUUUUCAGAAGGGGGUUCCACUCGUCCGCCGUGCUGAAUGGAAAAGUAUAUAUUGACGGCGGUGAGGUCUCCUACUCAAACAGCUCCGAGACCGGAGGGGUCGAGUAUGAGUACUCCGAUUCACUCCUCUACAUCGAUAUCGCCACGGAUUUCUCCCCCAGCUCGGUGACCGUGGCGUCAAUCGAGAAGCCUUCGGAGGUCCCCAAUCUGGUCCAAGGGGGUUUGUGGGUCGAUGAAGACGCCGGCACGCUCUACACCGGCUUCGCUGGGUCCAGCUCUACUCUUGGCGACGGGGCAGAGCAACCGCAGGGGCUGUGGUCUUUCAAGCCCGGCUCCGAUGACACCGACGGGACCUGGACUAACCUCAACGACACCACCGACUCCUUUUUCACGACGGGCAAGCGGCCGUUCGGGGCUCCUGUAGCGAGUGGGAACGGCACCGCCUUCGUCCUCGGCGGCUUGGACGUCUUCGGCAAGUAUCACGUCCCCGUCAGCGGGCUACUCUCGUACAACUUCAGCACCCAGACCGUGGAAAACACCACCGUAUCCGUCUCCACCGAUGGCUUUCUGCAGAUGGGGUCGAUGCAGUACGUUCCCAACUUUGGGUCGGCGGGGAUACUGGUCAGCGCAGGGGGCAACCACGGGUACGUGAAAAGCUCGGGCGAGUGGGCCAGCAACUGGCAGGCCUUCGACACGGUGCAGGUGCUGGAUAUCGCCUCGGGGACAUGGUACGACCAGGUCACCACCGGCAACGUCCCGCCCUUCCGAAUGCAGUACUGCAUGGCCGGCGCGGCCUCGUCGAACCGCACCUACGAGAUCCUUGUGUAUGCCGGCUGGAACAACACCCUGGGCGAGUACUCGAUCUCCUUCGACGCCGCCUACGUACUCUCGCUGCCCUCCUUCAACUGGUUCAAGGCCGACUACGAGGCAGCGAGCCCCCGCCACGGCCUGACGUGCGAGCAUGUCGGCGGUGGACAGGUCCUCACCGUCGGCGGGCUGGACACGUUGCAGCACGACGCUUCGAACCAGUACCGCGGCGUGUUCCACACCGAGGACACAUUCCCGCAGGGCCUGGGCGUCUUCGACCUCUCUAGCAUGUCGUUCGCCGACUCUUUCGAGUCCAACAGGACGACGUACGACUACGCCGAAGCGCUGAGCACGUACUACAAUACCCGCGACCGCGUCUCCAGCUCCAUGGGCGACUCGCUGCGGGCCGUCUUCUCGGUCGAGAAUUUCACCACAUCCGCAACUGCUGUCUCUGGCUCGUCAUCGUCAUCCUCGGGAGGCUCCGGCUCCGGGACAGCAUCUGGGUCGGGAACGGCUUCGAGCAACACGGGUGCUAUCGCAGGAGGUGUGGUCGGGGGCGUUGCCGGCGUCGCUCUUGUCGGUGCGGUGAUAUUCUUUAUCCUGCGGCGGCGCAGAGGGGGCCAGUGUGGUUCCGUGGCCCAAGGGAAUCAGAAGGGAGGGGCCAGCCAUGACAGUGAUGGGAAGGCAUACCAGCUCUCGGAUGGGUCGGAGCCUUAUAUGCAACGGUUCCAGGUGGCUGGCGACCCCGAGGCGGCUGAAGUGCCGGGCAGCAAGCCACCGGGUAAUUGA